GUGAAUUUGAUAGCUAAACUAAGCCAUCCAUAUCUUUUAGAGUAUAAAGAUGCUUGUGUGGACAAGGGGAGCUGUAUAUGCAUCGUUGCCGAUUAUUGCGAUGAUGAAAAUAUGGCGGAGGUCAUGAGGAAGUCUAGAGGAGCACUUUUCCCGGAAGAAAAACUCUGCAAAUGGCUGACUCAUCUAUUGUUAGCUUUGGAGAAUCUGCAUUCCAACCGCGCUCAUCAUAGAAACCUCAAGUUAUGUAACAUAGUCAUCACAAAGGACAAUGACAUCAGGUUAGGUGAUUUUGGAUUAGGAAAAUUGCUAGAUGCAGAAGGCCUUGCUUCCUCGGUAUCUGGCACACCAAACAACAUGUGCCCUGAGCUCCUUGCCAGCAUACCCUAUGGCUAUAAAUCUGAUAUAUGGUCGCUUGGAUACUGGAUGUUUGACAUUGCUGCACAUCAACCCCCGUUUAAAGCUUCUGACAACACUGGACUUAUCAACAAAAUAAACCGGGGUUUGUUCUCACCACUUCCGAUUAUAUACUCCACCUUGAAACAGAUAAUAAAAAGCAUGCUAAGGAAAACUCCAGAACACCGACCUACAGCUGCCGAGCUGUUGAGACAUCAACAUUUGCAACCAUACCUCCUCUUGUGUCACAACCCUUCAUCUGCGUUUCUUCCUGUGAAGUCCCCGAGCAGAACGAAAGAGAAAACACGACCAUCACCUGGAAAAUCUAUCAGUCCAAGAGGUAGCAGAGAUAGACUGUUGAAGCUAAAAGAGAAGAGAACUGUCUUUUACUUUGACGAAAGUGAUAACAUUCAGCCAAGAAACUUAUCUGACAAUUAUAACACGUUCCGAGCCAAACUUGACACUAAGAUAGUCGAUCCAAGAAGCUACUCGGUUAGGAUCUCUCAAGAUAGUGAGGAUUCUAAAAGUGGGGAGAUGAGUGAGGCAGCUGUUUGCAAUGGAUACGAUCAACAGGAGACUAUCUCACAAACAGAAACUAUGAUCACUCCAAGCUCGUCAAGUUCAAGGGAAAAAACAUGGUCCGAGGAACAAGAGCGUGUUUCUACGGAGCAUUCGGGAAAACCAGAUGCAGAGGCAGCACCAAGAUGCCGUGUUGCUGAAACUGAAAAUGGUAGCGAGUGUAGAGAAGUUGCUAUUGACUGCUUGUUGACUGAAAGCGAUGGUUCACUUCUACACAAAGACGAGUUAGAAAAGAAAGCAAGCGCGGUUUCGCAGCUCAAGUCACUAGCCGCAAUAGCUAGUAAGGAGGACAAAGACGACUGGGGUAAUCCCAUUGAACAAAGAGCUGAAGCUUUAGAGUCUCUUUUGGAGGUUUGUGCGCGAAUACUUAAGCAGGAAAAAAUCGAUAAGCUUGCUGGUGUGCUGAAACCAUUGGGGGAUGAUGGAUUGUCGUCUAGAGAAACAGCAAUCUUGUCGACAAAAA